AUGAAACUGUACUCUGUAGCCGUGGCCAUACUGGCCUCUACGGCCUUUGCCCACAAGGAGGUUGCUCCCGGGGUGAUCAAAAGACACGCCGAUCUCUCGAAGCGGUGUGCUUCCGGAGCUGCCAAGUUCAAGCAACGAAGAUUCGAACGCCGCCAGGAAUCCAACUUGAACCGGAGAUCAGGCAACAGCUACACCAUCGUCACGGAGUCCCCCUACUACGACAACCUGCAGAACGAUACAUGCGUCCUCGCUCCCGAUGUCACCGCUGGACCGUACUACUGGCCCAGGUCAGAGACCUUGCGACAAGACAUGAGCGAGGACCAAGUCGGAGUCCCUCUCCUUCUCGACGUUGGUGUUCUCGAUAUGGCUACCUGUGAGCCUCUUCCUUACGCGUUGGUCGCGUUCUGGCACUGCAACGCCACGGGAAGUUAUUCGAGUUUCACGGGCCGUGACCCGAACACGGACUUUCGCGAACUUCUCGAGUCUCUGAACGUGACCGACUUUGAGAUUGGGACGACAGACCUGCACACGGAUGACACCACGUGGCUCCGUGGAAUGUGGCCUACGAACGACGAAGGUGUCAUGGAGAUGAAGACCGUAUUCCCCGGCUUUUAUAUCCAACGUACCAUCCAUAUUCACGCUCAAAUUUUCACGGACUGGGUUCUCCACAACAACGGCACGGUCAAGACAGGCAACACGAACUCGAUCGGACAGCUAUAUUUUAACGAGACUGUCUCGCAGGAGAUCAUGGCGCUGGAGCCCUAUGUAUCGCAUACCGAGAUCAACAGGACGACAAACGACGUAGACUCCGUGUACUCCGAAGGUCUCGCUAACGGCUACAACCCGGUCAUCGACAUUGUUCCGUUGGAUGGAAGUGACAUCCGCAAUGGUAUGGUUGGAUACAUCACUAUCGGCAUUGACACCGAAAAUAGCCCUUCUCUUAGCGGGUCGGGUGGUGGAGGUGGUGGCGACGGCGGUGCUCCAAGCGGCAGUGCUCUGCCAAGCGGCGCUCCCUCUGCCACAGGCAUUUAG